GAAAGAUCGUGUCUCUUUGAUGGAUCCAAUUUCUCAUCGGAAUAAAGAUACCCCAUGGAAAUUCGUCGUUGACACUGCGAUGAAUAUUGUGAAUGCACGCAAGGGAAAAAAAUUCAAGAAAACGGCAAGUUGGGAUGUGGUUAAGGGUCCUAUCCAGCCUGAUGCAUCUCAAUGUGGAUUUUAUGUCAUGAAGUUCAUGAAAGAGAUCGUAGCACGCUAUGAACUUAAUGCCUACACGUCUCUAUCAUCGAUGUUUAAGAAUGUUAAGACAUACACCAGAGCUGAAAUCGAUGAUAUUCGUGAGGAAUGGGCAACAUUUGUGAUAAAGCAUGUGUUUGAUUGAACUUUAGGUGCAUAUGAUCAGUCUCCGUUUUGAGGAAUCAAUUUUUUGUUUUGUUGUGCAUGUAGUAAAACAUGUAUUGACAAGUUUUUCAGUGUAG